AUGUCCGCCCUCCGCCGUCUCCAGCCCUUCGUCCGCCGUGCGAGCACUGCUGCCACCGUCCAGCCCACCCCGGCCGUCGCUCCCACCGCCCCAGCUGCCGCCGCUGCUGCUGCCGAGGCCCUGCCCCCCAUCGAGGAGCUUCGCGCCCGUGCCAAGAAGGUGUACAAGGAGCUCCACCGUCUCGGCCGCGACUACCCCGACGCCGAGUACAACUUCAACAUGCGUCUGCGACGCGCGUUUGAGAAGAACUCAAAGAUUGAGGACCCUGCUCAGCUCAAGAAGCAGCUUGACCUCGCCGACCACAUCAAGAAGGAGGUGUUGGCCAUGUUCGCGUUGCGCAAGUACCGUCAUCUCCGUCGUUCGUACCAUGCCGAUGAGCCUCCCCGUGUGCUCGAGGACCACUUCCACUCCGUCGAGAACGGUGCGCCUGCUCCUGCCGCCCCAGCGCAGGCGCAGACCCCUCCCAACGCGUCAUCGUAG